ACCACGUGAUCCUUAUAUAACACUGUCAGUCGGUGUUUUGUAACAGCGCCUGUACGCCUGGUAGGCAAACACUCUCAGGAACAGAACAUGGUGGAUUUAGCGAGACAAGCUUUCAGUACGAACAAUUUUGGACUAGCUGCUGAAAUAUUUGAGAGAACAAUCAAGGAAAAUGGUCCUAAAAUGGACUUAUAUCUCGGCCUAGCUGACAGCUUCGCCAGAGGAGGCCAGUUUCAGAAAGCAUUUGAAGCAUACUCACACGCAUUUCGAUUUGGAAAAGUGAAGCCCGAAAAGUUAAAACAUUUGGUGACAGGGCUGAUUGAAAGUGUGAAACAGGAUACAGCGAAUGAGAAUAUGAACAAAAAGUGUAUGUUCACGUGUUGGGUUUGUAGAAGCUUACUGUCUGACCCUGUGACGAUACCCUGUGGUCAUACAUUUUGCCGAAAGUGUUUAAUGAAAGAUUCUUCAAAGGCGUGUCGGAUAUGUGGAGUUGUGCAUUAUACACUGAAGGUGGCCAAUCUGAAGUCGAAUAUACUUUUGACCCAUGUGAUAGAAAAGUGGUUUGUUGAUGAGUGUGAGGCAAAUAGGUUGAAAUCGAAGGGCAAUACUUACUUCGAAUUGAGGGAUUUUCCAAACGCUAUUAUUUAUUACAGUAAAGCAAUUGAACUUGUUCCAAAGGACCAUUUACUGCUGAGCAACCGUUGCUAUGCCUACUUCCUAUUGGACGAUGCUGCUGAGGCCUUGCAGGAUGCAGAUAAUGUCAUCCGACUCAGGCCGGACUGGCCCAAGGGGUAUUUUCGUCGAGGUUGUGCUUUGUAUGGAUUAAAACGGUAUGAAGAUGCUGUGGUGUCCUUCCUUCAGUGCCUGGCCUUAGAUACAACAGUUGCCUCUGCCAAAGACUAUCUAUGCAAGAUCUUGCACAGGAUUUUGUCACAUCUGCCACCAGAUGACCCAAAGAGCCUUGUGCGUCAACAGUACGUGAAUCCAAGUGUUCUACAAAACCUAAUAUCCAGCAACUUCAACACAGCACAGCUCUUCCCCAACCUCAACGUAUCCACCAUACAUCACCUCCGGAGCAUCAUCAGUGAAACCAUCACAACAGCCGAGAACUUCAGCGUGGCGUCUGAACCUUCACCUUCAGCUGCACAGGCUGACUGCUGUGACGGGGACGGUCCCUAUGACUUCACUACGGGUAGAGAAGUGACUCACACAGUGAUGCGAUGUCGUUCCGCUCCAUCCUCCCGGGGCUCAUCCCCACUGGCGAUGCGAGACUUGAGCAUCCAGUCUGUGGCCAAUGGCAGCCUUCCAGAUGUAUCCAUGACAACAUGCUCAAGGAAACGGUCUCGCAAUGUGUCUGGGCAGUGUCCAUCGAGUCCUACACGGUCCUCCGAGCUCAAGUAUAUGAGACCGGACACCCUACCAACUGCUUCCAGCUACAGCGAUGCUAAGAACAUCCCCCAAGAACUGCUGACUGUGGAUGACUUUGAGUGUGGCUUGUGCUACCGGCUGUUCUAUGUGCCGGUCACCACGCCAUGCGGCCACGUGUUCUGUCGCCAGUGUCUUGAGCGAUGCCUAGAUCACACCACCAACUGCCCUCUGUGUAAAAGUUCUCUAGUUGAGUACCUGGCAGAGAGGAGACAGGCUGUGACGGAAUCGGUGCAAGCCAUCCUGGAAACAUACUUUGCCCAGGAGUACGAGGAAAGAAAAAAAACACAUGAGGAGGAGAUGCUUGAGCUCACAAGGAUGGGAAGCGAUGAAAAGCACGAGAUUCCUGUGUUUGUGUGCACACUGUCCUUUCCCACAAUCCCCUGCCCUCUCCACAUCUUCGAGCCACGGUACCGUCUGAUGAUCCGACAGUGCAUGGAGUCAGGCACGAGGCAGUUCGGCAUGUGUGUGGCUCUGGGAGAUGACGAGAACAACUUCUCUGAUGUUGGCACGAUGUUGGAGAUUCGUGAUGUUCAGUUUUUCCCUGAUGGGCGUUCCCUGCUCGACACAAUUGGAGGCCGAAGGUUCAAGGUGCUCGAACGUGGGCACCGAGAUGGCUACAACACAGCCAAAGUGGAGUUCCUCUCCGAUAGGAAGGUGGAAGGAGAGCAACUCACAGAACUACAACAGCUGGAAGAAGAAAUGUACACACUAUCCAAGGGUUGGUUCGACGACCUCCCAAGUAUGCACAAGCAGAGGAUAGUCAAACACUUCGGAACCAUCCCCCCCAAAGAUCCUGACCCACAGGCUUCCCCGAAUGGCCCUAGCUGGCACUGGUGGGUUGUGGCCGUCCUACCUCUCGACCCACGCGUCCAAAUGGCAUUGGUUUCCAUGGUUUCAUUCAGGGAACGUUUGCUUGCAAUUAAGCGUGUUUUAACAUACCUCAAGAAGAAAGUGGCAAAUGACUGACUGGGGCACCUGGCAAUGUUUCUUGAACAUCCUUUGUAUAUUUUUGUAUCAUUAUCUCUGAUGCUCCUAUCUAUUGCAGUAGGGUUGUCUUAAUUAUUGCUAUGACAACCUGCAUAUGACUCAUGGUGAAAUGUACGGAACAAAUCUGCAGACAAAUACAGUGAUAUAUUUAGCAUCAUGGAAGUAGCCCGAUUGGGCCAACGAGAAAGAAGUUUGUGUGAUAUUACAGAGAUUGGUGCAGGACUUUUAUGACUGCAUAGUCAGAAGUAACUCAGGUACAACUGGAUAGUCUACCUGAGAACGCUGAUUGGGCAGAACAGUGGAUUCUCUUCGUAUGUGGUGAGAAGAUACAUUUACACACUCUUGCCUGUUCAGCGUCGUGCUUGAGAGGUGGAACUACUAUGUGUCAACAGCCAACUGUUUGUGAAUCGCUAUACAGACUUUCAUUCCGACAAAUCAAAAACAAAUGGAAGUCUGUAAUUCACUUUUACUGAAGCACAAGAGACCUGUCACUCAUUGUUUUGUUUUUUCGCUUUGUCAUGUUUAUAUUGGAACGGAAUAUUCAGCUGUUAUUAUUGUUGAUCUCAGCAUGUAUUUAUUUAGUUAUUCAACAUCACUGCUGUAACUAUGGUAACAAGAAAUGUGACUUGCACAAAAUCAUGUAUUUCUUUUCUCAAAUCUCACUAAAAGCAUCUUUCUCUAACAUGUUGUAAAAUUCUUCCAUGGAAGAUCGAGUCAGGUGAGCGCUGAGAAUCUACAUGAAGGAUUUGGGGUUAUUGUGCCGGUUAGAUAUCGGCUUCUUAGAAUGAUUCGGGUACAUUUCUUUACCACAUCGAUUUGGAAAUUUUUGAUUUUAACAAAAGAAAAUCAACACAGAACAAACAUUUCUUUGAUGGUACUCCCUUUUGAGUAAAACAAAUCCACAACAAUGUAAUGACACUGCUUUUAUUAUUUACAUUUGGCACUAGACAUUUAAGUUCAGUUUCAAUAUGUAGAGGUCACAUGCUACUUUGAAUGCUUCACUCAGUGGUUCUGAGAAACUAGGAGCUUCAACGUUACACCACAUCUUAUAUCAGGUCUUCAGGUGCGGAUGUAUGGUUGGGAGUAUAUGGACUGACUUAUUUUAGAUCGAUACCUUUGUUCGCAGAUUGACCACAAAGGCCAUGUUUGUAAUUUAAUUCAAAUACACUCAAACCCAUCCCAACCCUUUACAGGUAUAUACAUAAAACUUUACCAGGGCAGGAUUAGAUUUUAACGGAAGCUUUAUUAGGCAUGGAAAUAGUCUUCCUCUAUUUCUCUAGGGCUCGCAUUUUGGUAAACCUACACAAAUUACCAACCCUUGAUUUUCAGUUACAUUUUACCGACCAAUCAAAUGUCGACAUAGGGGAAAGGGCAAGGGAGGUAACUUGUAUUACCUAGAAACCAAAGCCACUGCCAGUUUUAAUGGACAUAAAGACAUCAUUUCCAUCGCAAAGAUGUUUUCGGGCUUUCUUUUGUGUGUCAGUCAGUUUUUAAAUAUUUCAUUUCUCGCUGACUGUUAUAAUAAAUGGGUCUGACCAACUCAACAUUGAGGCUGUUUUGUAACUCUGAGUGCAUUCUGAUUGGUAGUUGACCUAGUAGCAAGGGCAGAUAUUUGAGAUUGAGAGAACCACUGGAACGGAUCAAGGGGUUAGUGUAGGUUUUACCGAAAUAUCCCAGCCCUGGAGAUUUUGAGGAUGGGAAAUAGUCAGUUGGGGUGGAAUGAUCCAUGAUAAAUACAUACCGGGUACAUUUUUGUAUGUAUGAAACAAAUCAUAUUGAUAACCGUAUUCGACCUAAUAAGUGCCCUGCUUUAAUAAGCGCCCACAGCGAUAUUUGUUAAUAUACUGGCUUGUGAACAAUCCUAAUUAGCACCCCUUCCGACUGAUAAAUGUACACAAGGCUAUUUAUUCGUGCAUAAUAUGUUUGUUAUAUGCACCCUUAAUUAUGGGCAAUUAAAUUCUGGAAAAAUAUAUCUGUCGUUUAUAAACAUUUCAUCAUCAACCACGAAAUUUACGCUCUUUGAACUCUUUUGUUUUUUCACCCAAAUAAUAUUCUAAUAAGAGCCCCCUAUUUCUAAUUUUGAGAGCGCCCUGGGUGCUUAUUAUGUCGAAUACGGUUACUGUUGUUGUAUUGUAUUGAGACUUCAUGUAUCAUGCCAGCUUGAGUUGACCCAGAUGAACAUUUGCCAGCAUCACCUUGUUUUGUUGACUGGAAACUGGUACGGUGUGAACUGGUGUAACUUCAUUUAAAGACAAUGAAAGAAUUGGAAUAAGGUUUGAAUUGAUUGUGUUUUAUGUGAUAUUAAACUAAUCAACAGGGCUAGUGACCUUCUACAUUCCACUAGCCCUUUAAAGCCUUUACUGGCUCGAAAGCAUUAUUUUCUAACGCUGGGGAUUGAGGUUAAGACAUGUAACGGGAAUGAAUAAAGAUGCAUUAUGAAAGAA